CAACAGCUGUUGUGGUGGUGGUAGUCCACGUUGCAAGUGACAGCAGCAGCAGCGUGCAGCUUGGAGGAGGAGCGGUGGGUGUCGUGCAGAGCUUGUGGGAGCCUACAGACCAGUCUAUGGGAUUGUAGAGAGCCGGUGGGAGUGUAGAGAGCCUGUGGGAGUGUAUAGAGCCUGUGGGAGUGUAGAGAGUCUAUAGGAGUGUAUAGAGUCUAUAGGGGUGUACAGAGUCUAUAGGAGCGGACAGAGUCUAUAGGGGUGUACAGAGUCUAUAGGAGUGUAUAGAGUUUGUAGGAGUGUAGAGAGUCUAUAAGGGUGUACAGAGUCUAUAGGGAUUUAUAGAGUCUAUAGGGGUUUACAGUCUAUAGGGUUUACAGAGUCUAUAGGGGUUUACAGUCUAUAGGGGUUUACAUAGUCUAUAGGGGUUUAUAGAGUCUAUAAGGGUUUACAGUCUAUAGGGGUUUACAUAGUCUAUAGGGAUUUAUAGAGUCUAUAGGGGUUUACAGUCUAUAGGGGUUUACAGUCUAUAGGAGUGUACAUAGUCUAUAGGGGUGUACAGAGUCUAUAGGGGUGUACAAAGUCUGUAGGAGUGUACAGAGUGUGUAGGGAGGGGUGAGUGUCUUGCCAAGUCAUCUUCAAGUCAGUGAACACACAACACCGGACGUGGUUUCCUGCCGGCGAGGAACCCACAACACUUCCCGCGGGAGCCUCCAAGUGCACCUAGCCUGGCACAAGCUCCGUGACGUCACUUGGUGAAUGGUGGACUGUUGUUAAAGAGCCUUCGUGUUCAUCGGGAAUCAUCAUGCGUCGGACAACGUGGUGACGAUCAGCAGUGCGGUGACGCAGGAUGGAGGGUCAACAGGACGUGAGCAGCUGGGGCACAAAGGAGGUGGGCACGUGGCUGCACAAAGAGGGCAUGGGCGAGCUCUCGGAGCUGCUGAGCGACGUCCAUCGCCUCGACGGGCCGGGGUUGCUGAGCCUCACGCAGGCCGAGCUGCUGUCGCCCCCCAUCUGCAUGAAGGUGUUGGGCGACGCUAAGAGGCUGAUACGAGCCGUCACGUCGCUGCGUGCCGCCACGCGUGGAAGCUAUGAGUUGGAAGGCCCAUGCAGCUCGUAUGGCCAAUGUUGCUGUUUUCACUUCCACGAGCACCAGUUGCUCUCAUCAGAUCAAGGUUAUGGUGCAAGGUCGCAGCAGCAGCAUAUGCAGCAGAUGGCGGAGAGAGGGAAUGAUCAUCGCUACACCAAUGGCGUGCCGUAUCGCAGAAUCGCGCUGCGCGCGCACCAACCAGCCGGCGUGCAGUCGAGCCUGCAGAACGCGCCGCCUGCAGCGCCGGCUGGCGGGGCGCGGGGGGGCGGCGGCGGGCAGGGCAGAGGUCACGGCGGCGGGCGUAAGCUCGACCCCGAGUACUGGAAGACGCUCGUGAGCCUGGUGUACGUCGUGCUCGUGUUCGGGGCCACGGCCUUCGUCAUGGUGAUCGUGCACGACCGCGUGCCCGACAUGGAAACCUACCCCCCCCUGCCCGACAUCUUCCUUGACAACGUUCCACGGAUCCCAUGGGCCUUUGCCAUGACCGAGGUGUGUGGCCUGAUCCUCACCACCAUCUGGAGCUCCGUUCUCGUGUUUCACAAGCACAGGUCCAUCCUGCUGAGGCGAAUGUUCUCGCUGAUAGGCACCGUGUUCCUGCUGCGCUGCGUCACCAUGUUUGUGACAUCGCUGUCGGUGCCGGGCGUGCACCUGCAGUGCUCGGGGAAGUUGUACAGUGACUUUGGGGCGAAGCUCGAACGAGCGUUGAAGAUUUGGUCGGGGUUCGGGAUGACGCUGACGGGCGUGCACACGUGCGGGGACUACAUGUUCAGCGGACACACGGUCAUCCUCACCAUGCUCAACUUCUUCGUCACCGAGUACACGCCCAUCACCUGGCACUACCUGCACACGCUCUCCUGGGUGCUCAACCUCUUUGGCAUCUUCUUCAUCCUGGCGGCCCACGAGCACUACACCAUCGACGUGGUGGUGGCCUUCUACCUGACGACGCGACUCUUCCUCUACUACCACACGCUGGCGGCCGCGGGCACCUCCCGCCACUCGCGCCGCGCCCGCGUCUGGUUCCCCAUGUUCUACUUCUGCGAGUGCCGCGUCGACGGGCCCGUGCCCAACCAGUACCACUACCCCCAGUUCGUGUCUGCGGUGCGAGCCAAGGUGGGGCUCUAGGAUGCGGCACCCGGGCCCGCGUCCCCCUCCCCCGCCACCGGUGGCCCCGCACUCGCGAUUGGCACGGUUGGCUACGUACGGUGCGAAAGAAGUUCAACGUGCACACGUACGUUCGCGCCGUUCCUGUGAGCCAAGGUGGGACUGGAGGCCGACGCGACACCGGCUUGCGGGGCCCGUGCUGGAGCCGCGCUUGCGAGACAGCCACACUACUGCAGUCUCCCACCGUGCACUUGAAGGGCUCAGACUGAUAGAAACACGAACAGCUGUGACUGUGGUCGCCGUGGCUUCGCUUGAAAUGCCACGACGCGUGGUUGUUUUCUCUCCGCUGUUUUCGCGCGGAACGACAUUCAAACAGACCAGACAACUGAACGGAUAUCUCCUGAGUUCACGAAGAUACUCUGCACGUCGUCAGCGUCAACAUACAUCGGGGCCCGAUUAACCGUGGUGCCAUUGUGACUCUCAUGGGUGGGCACCAAUUCUGUACAGGGACCCCCAAACAUGAUGGUUAUGGCUGGUGGGCCUUAAAGUGGCUAUUGCUACCACUGCCUUCUCACGGAGAGGUCAAUCUCGCUCUAGGGGAGUCCCGUAGACUGCACGCCAGGGCCCCUUCGUGACGCGUCAAGCCUGGCCCUGGCUACCACUGUAGCAGCAGCAGCACCCACGUGCCAUGGAUCGUGACGCGCCACUGCUCUACGUGGCGAAUGAGAGCGGAGACGUCACUAUUCUGGUGGUGAAAUAUAUACGCGCACACACGUAUGUGUGUGCGUAAGUGGGCGUGUAAUUUUAUUUUCCGUAGUUUCGUGUUUACAAAAAGACCCUUUGACAGUUUGGUGUGCGAUUCAAACUCUAGGAUUGAAUAUGACAGGUUGCUUUGAGGAAGGCUGCCUUCAAGGUGACGUAUAUAUGAUGCUUAGUUCUUUGUGGUAAAGCAAUAAGCAAAUAACGGAAUGUUUGAUUAAGUGUUAAAAAAUACACUUUACAUUUACACUGAUGACUCUUUUUAGAUUUCAGUUUCCCCGCAAAUUGGUAUGGUUUGUUUUAUCGGAGACUUUUUAAUCACUCACAGGUGUUAUUAUUUCUCAUCGCAUGUGUUCACAUUUAAUUCAUUGUUAUUACAUUUCUUUACCUUGUGCCAAUGAGCGCACCAGACUUUGUCGAUCGGCAGGUCGCGCGCGAUGGAGCAAUGUGUGGGUACGACCCACCUCUUUCAAGACAUCCGUGUGACCGGCGGGGAAAAGUAGGCCAAAAGCACUCUCUGAUGCCUCCUCUUCGUGGGGAACCUUCUGCUAGCAGUGGUGUGAGCGAGGAAUUGCAGAGCGACAUUUUUAACUUUUAUUUUUACUGUGCGUAACUGGGCAGCCGCAUCAACAAUACCCAUUAAGUUUGCUACAUUUUCCACUCGUUGAGUUAUGAACAUUCGUAAGUUUCUACCUCUUAUACUCUGCAAAGUUCUCUAUUACCUCUCAUUAUUGUCACAUCCUUCUACUUAUAUGACUGACCUGAUGUUUGAUUUUGUUCGUCAUAUUGCUGGAUGUUGGCCUUGCAACCCCGACGUCACAUUUGGUAUCCCUUGGCGCGCGGCAUUUGAAACGAUGGAGCAAAUUUUCAAAAAAUUAAAAAAUGUAAAAAAUUUCAAAAUUUUAACAAAUUUCUAAAUUUUUUAAAAUUUCAAAGAUGUCCCCCCGCACUUCGGUCCACCCAGCAGUAUGAUUGCGAACGCUACGGUUAGUCGAUGGGCAGGUCGCUGCGGGAGGGUACGGCCGCUUCAAAGACCGCUUGCCAGCGUGGAAGAGUCGGUCAAAUAUUUCCCAGAGGGGCCUCUGUAGAGCUUCCUCUAGUGGAGGCCCUCUCCCCUAGCAGUGGUGUGAGCAGGCAAAUCGCAGGGCUGCACCUUAUUUAAAUGUAUUGUUGGACUUUGAUUUCAUCUUUUAUUCACAUUUCAAGUGUGCUCCCGGCAUCACCGAGGCACGAAGCCAACAAACGUCCCGGCACGACUCCCGCAGCGAGCGACACGCCAUCACGGCACCGACUGUUGAAGGCGUCUCCGUGGCGAAACUAUUUUCAGCAUCGUCGUGUGGUGGUGUGGUAAUGCCGCGUCAUUAGCGGGAUGAUGCAUGCCAUUUGUAUUCAACGUUUCUUUUAUGGCCUCGGUGCUAGGCCGUACUGAAUUGAGUGGCAAAAAAACGUGUGUAUAUUUUUUUGUAUGCUAAUUGGUGACCGAGUCGAGACUUUCAA